UUUUCCUCCUUGAGGAAUGGAGCUUCGCAGAGGUUGUAUUUAGAUUCAACAGUUCGGAGCGGCGGGGCUGCUGCCGCCGCCUCUUCCAAGAGCUCGCGAGGCUCCCCGGAGGCGGUGGUCCCCGCGCUCGGCUGGAUGCGGCUCUGAGUCUCCGUGUGUCUUUCUGGUUGUUGCUGUGUGCGGGUGUUCGGCCGCGAUCACCUUUGUGUGUCUUCUGUCUGUUUAAACUUCAGGAUGGCUCGCUUCGGGGAGGCGGUGGUCGGCAGGCCGGGGUCGGGCGAUGGAGACUCGGACCAGAGCAGGAACCGGCAAGGAACCCCGGUGCCGGCCUCGGGGCCGGCGGCCGCCUACAAGCAGUCGAAAGCGCAGAGGGCGCGGACUAUGGCUUUGUACAACCCCAUUCCCGUCCGGCAGAACUGUUUCACCGUCAACAGAUCCCUGUUCAUCUUCGGAGAAGAUAACAUUGUCAGGAAAUACGCCAAGAAGCUCAUCGAUUGGCCGCCGUUUGAGUACAUGAUUUUGGCCACCAUCAUUGCCAACUGCAUUGUCUUGGCCCUGGAACAGCAUCUUCCUGAGGAUGACAAGACCCCGAUGUCCCGCAGACUGGAGAAGACAGAACCGUAUUUCAUUGGGAUCUUUUGCUUUGAAGCUGGUAUCAAAAUUGUGGCCCUGGGGUUCAUCUUCCAUAAGGGCUCGUACCUCCGCAAUGGCUGGAAUGUCAUGGACUUCAUCGUGGUCCUCAGUGGCAUCCUGGCCACGGCAGGAACCCACUUCAACACACAUGUGGACCUGAGGACCCUCCGGGCUGUGCGUGUCCUGAGACCCCUGAAGCUCGUGUCAGGGAUACCUAGCCUGCAGAUUGUACUGAAGUCCAUCAUGAAGGCCAUGGUACCUCUUCUGCAAAUUGGUCUUCUGCUCUUCUUUGCCAUCCUGAUGUUUGCUAUCAUUGGCUUGGAGUUCUACAGUGGGAAGUUACACCGUGCAUGUUUCACGAACAAUUCAGGUAUUCUGGAAGGAUUUGACCCCCCUCACCCAUGUGGUGUGCAGGGCUGCCCAGCUGGUUAUGAGUGCCGGGACUGGAUUGGCCCCAAUGAUGGGAUCACCCAGUUUGAUAACAUACUUUUUGCUGUGCUGACUGUCUUCCAAUGCAUCACCAUGGAAGGGUGGACUACCGUGCUGUACAAUACCAAUGAUGCCUUAGGAGCCACCUGGAACUGGCUGUACUUCAUCCCCCUCAUCAUCAUUGGAUCCUUCUUUGUUCUCAACCUAGUUCUGGGAGUGCUCUCCGGGUGGAAUUAUGAGGAAGUCAUGCUCGCUGAAGAAAAUAAAAAUGCUGGGACGUCAGCCUUAGAAGUGCUUCGAAGGGCAACCAUCAAACGGAGCCGGACGGAGGCCAUGACUCGAGACUCCAGCGAUGAGCACUGUGUUGACAUCUCCUCUGUGGGCACACCUCUUGCCCGACCCAGCAUCAAAAGUGCAAAGGUGGACGGGGCCUCCUAUUUCCGGCACAAAGAAAGGCUUCUGCGCAUCUCUAUCCGCCACAUGGUUAAAUCCCAGGUGUUUUACUGGAUCGUGUUGAGCCUUGUGGCUCUCAACACCGCCUGCGUGGCCAUCGUCCAUCACAACCAGCCCCAGUGGCUCACCCAUCUCCUCUACUAUGCAGAAUUUUUGUUUCUGGGACUGUUCCUCUUGGAGAUGUCCCUGAAGAUGUAUGGCAUGGGGCCUCGACUCUAUUUUCACUCUUCGUUCAACUGUUUUGAUUUUGGGGUCACAGUGGGCAGUAUCUUUGAAGUGGUCUGGGCAAUCUUCAGACCUGGUACAUCUUUUGGAAUCAGUGUCUUGCGAGCUCUCCGGCUUCUAAGAAUAUUUAAAAUAACCAAGUAUUGGGCAUCUCUGCGAAAUUUGGUGGUGUCCUUGAUGAGUUCUAUGAAGUCUAUCAUCAGUUUGCUCUUCCUCCUCUUCCUCUUCAUCGUUGUCUUUGCUCUCCUAGGAAUGCAGCUCUUUGGAGGCAGGUUUAACUUUAAUGAUGGGACUCCUUCGGCAAACUUUGACACAUUCCCUGCAGCCAUCAUGACUGUAUUCCAGAUCCUAACAGGGGAGGACUGGAACGAGGUGAUGUACAAUGGGAUCCGUUCCCAGGGUGGGGUCAGCUCAGGCAUGUGGUCAGCUAUCUAUUUCAUUGUGCUCACCUUGUUUGGAAACUACACACUGCUGAAUGUGUUCUUGGCCAUUGCUGUGGACAAUCUGGCCAAUGCCCAAGAGCUGACCAAGGAUGAGCAAGAAGAAGAGGAGGCUUUCAACCAGAAACAUGCAUUGCAGAAGGCCAAGGAGGUCAGCCCGAUGUCUGCACCCAACAUGCCUUCUAUCGAAAGAGACAGAAGGAGAAGACACCACAUGUCGAUGUGGGAGCCACGCAGCGGCCACCUGAGGGAGCGGAGGCGCCGGCACCACAUGUCGGUGUGGGAGCAGCGCACCAGCCAGCUGAGAAGGCACAUGCAGAUGUCCAGCCAGGAGGCCCUCAAUAAAGAGGAGGCCCCACCAAUGAACCCCCUCAACCCCCUCAACCCGCUGAGUCCCCUCAACCCACUCAAUGCCCACCCCAGCCUCUACCGGAGACCCAGGCCCAUCGAGGGCCUGGGCCUGGGCCUGGAGAAGUGUGAGGAGGAGCGCAUCAGCCGUGGGGGGUCCCUCAAGGGGGAUGGAGGGGACCUGUCGAGCGCCCUGGACAACCAGAGGAGCCCCUUGUCCCUGGGCAAACGGGAGCCACCGUGGCUGGCCAGGCCCUGUCAUGGCAACUGUGAUCCGACCCAGCCAGAGGCUGGGGGAGGGGAGACCGUGGUGGCCUUUGAGGACCGUGCCAGACACAGGCAGAGCCAGCGGCGCAGCCGGCACCGUCGCGUCAGGACAGAAGGCAGGGAGCUCUCUUCCACCUCCCGGAGCAGGUCUGCCAGCCAGGAGCGGAGUCUGGAUGAGGCGGCGCCCCCCGAGGGGGAGAAAGACAGCGAGCCCAGGGGCAGCCACGCGGGCCAGGCACCCACAAUCCAGGAAGAAGAGCGAGGCCAAGACUUAAGGAGGACCAACAGUCUGAUGGUGCCCAGAGGCUCCGGGCUGGCAGGAGCCCUCGACGAGGACAACACGCCCCUGGUCCUGCCCCAGCCGGAGCUGGAAGUGGGGAAGGACACGGCGCUGACCGAGCAGGAGGCCGAGGGCAGCAGUGAGCGGGCCCUGCUGGGCGACGUGCAGUUGGACAUGGGCAGGGCCAUCAGCCAGAGUGAGCCUGACCUCUCCUGCGCCACCAACACAGACAAGGCCACCACCGACAGCACCAGCGUCACUGUUGCCAUCCCCGACUUGGGCCCCUUGGUGGACUCAGCUGUGGUUCACAUUAGCAACAAGACUGAUGGAGAAGCCAGUCCCCUGAAGGAGGCAGAGAUCAAAGAGGAGGAGGAGGAGGUGGAGAAGAAGCAGAAGAAGGAGAAGCGUGAGACGGGCAAAGCCAUGGUGCCCCACAGCUCCAUGUUCAUCUUCAGCACCACCAACCCGAUCCGCAGGGCCUGCCACUACAUCGUGAGCCUGCGCUACUUUGAGAUGUGCAUUCUCCUGGUGAUCGCGGCCAGCAGCAUCGCCCUGGCAGCCGAGGACCCUGUCCUGACCAACUCGGAGCGCAACAAAGUCCUGAGGUAUUUUGACUAUGUUUUCACUGGCGUGUUCACCUUUGAGAUGGUCAUAAAGAUGAUAGACCAGGGCUUGAUCCUGCAGGACGGGUCCUACUUCCGAGACCUGUGGAACAUCCUGGACUUCGUGGUGGUGGUUGGCGCGUUGGUGGCCUUCGCUUUGGCGAACGCUUUGGGAACAAACAAGGGACGAGACAUCAAGACCAUCAAAUCUCUGAGGGUCCUCCGAGUUCUUAGGCCGCUGAAGACCAUCAAGCGCUUGCCCAAGCUCAAGGCUGUCUUCGACUGUGUGGUGACUUCCUUGAAGAACGUAUUCAACAUCCUCAUUGUCUACAAGCUCUUCAUGUUCAUCUUUGCUGUUAUUGCCGUCCAGCUCUUCAAGGGAAAAUUCUUUUAUUGCACAGACAGUUCCAAAGACACAGAGAAAGAGUGCAUAGGCAACUAUGUAGAUCAUGAAAAAAACAAGAUGGAGGUGAAAGGCCGGGAAUGGAAGCGCCACGAAUUCCACUACGACAACAUUAUCUGGGCCCUGCUGACCCUCUUCACCGUCUCCACAGGGGAAGGAUGGCCUCAAGUCUUACAGCAUUCUGUUGAUGUGACAGAGGAAGACCGAGGACCAAGCCGCAGCAACCGCAUGGAGAUGUCCAUCUUUUAUGUGGUCUACUUUGUGGUCUUCCCUUUCUUCUUUGUCAAUAUCUUUGUGGCUCUUAUCAUCAUCACCUUCCAGGAGCAAGGGGACAAGAUGAUGGAGGAGUGCAGCCUGGAGAAGAACGAGAGGGCGUGCAUCGACUUCGCCAUAAGCGCCAAACCUCUCACCCGCUACAUGCCGCAGAACAGACACACCUUCCAGUACCGCGUCUGGCACUUCGUGGUGUCCCCGUCCUUCGAGUACACCAUCAUGGCCAUGAUCGCCUUGAACACUGUCGUGCUGAUGAUGAAGUACUACUCUGCUCCCUGCACCUACGAACUGGCCCUGAAGUACCUGAAUAUUGCCUUCACGAUGGUGUUCUCCCUGGAAUGUGUCCUAAAGAUCAUCGCGUUCGGCUUCUUGAACUAUUUUCGAGACACCUGGAAUAUCUUUGACUUCAUCACGGUGAUUGGCAGUAUCACAGAAAUCAUUCUGACAGACAGCAAGCUGGUGAACACCAGUGGCUUCAACAUGAGCUUUCUGAAGCUCUUCCGAGCUGCCCGCCUCAUCAAGCUUCUACGGCAGGGCUACACCAUCCGUAUUUUACUUUGGACCUUUGUGCAGUCCUUUAAGGCCCUCCCCUAUGUCUGCCUUUUGAUUGCCAUGCUUUUCUUCAUCUAUGCCAUCAUUGGGAUGCAGGUAUUUGGAAACAUAAAAUUAGAUGAGGAGAGUCACAUCAACCGGCACAACAACUUCCGGAGUUUCUUUGGGUCCCUCAUGUUACUCUUCAGGAGUGCCACAGGUGAGGCCUGGCAGGAGAUAAUGCUGUCGUGCCUCGGGGAGAAGGGCUGCGAGCCCGACACCACUGCACCUUCGGGGCAGAACGAGAAUGAGCGCUGUGGCACAGAUCUGGCCUACGUUUACUUUGUCUCCUUCAUCUUCUUCUGCUCCUUCUUGAUGCUCAACCUGUUCGUGGCCGUCAUCAUGGACAACUUUGAGUACCUGACUCGGGACUCCUCCAUCUUAGGGCCUCACCACUUGGAUGAGUUUGUCCGUGUCUGGGCAGAAUAUGACAGAGCUGCAUGUGGCCGCAUCCAUUACACUGAGAUGUAUGAAAUGCUGACUCUCAUGUCACCACCGCUAGGCCUCGGCAAGAGAUGUCCCUCCAAAGUGGCAUAUAAGAGGUUGGUCCUGAUGAAUAUGCCGGUAGCUGAGGACAUGACAGUGCACUUCACCUCCACACUUAUGGCUCUGAUCCGGACAGCUCUGGACAUCAAAAUCGCCAAAGGUGGUGCAGACAGGCAGCAGCUAGACUCGGAGCUGCAAAAAGAGACCCUGGCCAUCUGGCCUCACCUGUCCCAGAAGAUGCUAGAUCUGCUUGUGCCCAUGCCCAAAGCCUCUGACCUGACUGUGGGCAAAAUCUAUGCAGCAAUGAUGAUCAUGGACUACUAUAAACAGAGUAAGGUGAAGAAGCAGAGGCAGCAGCUGGAGGAACAGAAAAAUGCACCCAUGUUCCAGCGCAUGGAGCCCUCAUCUCUGCCUCAGGAGAUCAUUGCCAAUGCCAAAGCCCUGCCCUAUCUCCAGCAGGACCCUGUCUCAGGCCUGAGUGGCCGUAGCGGAUACCCUUCGAUGAGUCCGCUCUCCCCCCAGGAAAUAUUCCAGUUGGCUUGUAUGGACCCAGCCGAUGGACAGUUCCAGGAACAGCAGUCUCUGGAGCCAGAGGUUAGUGAAUUAAAAAGCGUGCAGUCCUCUAACCAUGGCAUCUACCUUCCUUCGGACACCCAGGAGCAUACGGGAUCGGGGAGGGCAUCCUCUAUGCCACGCCUGACUGUGGAUCCCCAGGUGGUGACAGAUCCCAGCUCCAUGAGACGUUCAUUUUCCACGAUUCGGGAUAAGCGUUCAAAUUCCUCAUGGUUAGAGGAAUUCUCCAUGGAGAGAAGCAGUGAAAACACCUACAAGUCACGUCGUCGGAGUUACCACUCCUCACUGAGACUGUCAGCUCAUCGCCUGAAUUCUGACUCAGGCCACAAGUCUGACACCCAUCGCUCAGGGGGCAGAGAGCGGGGGCGGUCGAAAGAGCGAAAGCAUCUUCUCUCUCCCGAUGUCUCCCGCUGCAAUUCAGAGGAGCGAGGGACCCAGGCCGACUGGGAGUCCCCGGAGCGCCAGCAGUCCAGGUCUCCCAGUGAGGGCCGGUCACAGACCCCCAACAGACAGGGCACAGGUUCCCUGAGUGAAAGCUCCAUCCCCUCCAUCUCUGACACCAGCACCCCAAGACGAAGUCGCCGGCAGCUCCCACCUGUUCCCCCAAAGCCACGGCCCCUCCUUUCCUACAGCUCCCUGCUGCGCCACACCGGGAGCAUCUCCCCACCGGCUGACGGAAGAGAGGGCGGCUCCCCGCUCACCUCCCAGGCACUGGAGAGCACGGAGGCCGGCCUGGUGGAGGCUCCCAGCUCCCGGCUCGGCAAGCAGGGCCAACACUGCUCCCCCCAGCGCUACAUCUCCGAGCCCUACCUGGCCCUGCACGAAGACUCCCACGCCUCGGACUGUGGCGAGGAGGAGACGCUCACCUUCGAAGCCGCCGUGGCCACCAGCCUGGGCCGCUCCAAUACCAUUGGCUCGGCGCCGCCUCUGAGGCAUGGCUGGCAGAUGCCCAACGGGCACUAUCGGCGGCGGCGGCGCGGGGGGCCUGGGCCCGGCGUCAUGUGUGGGGCUGUCGGCGACCUCCUGAGUGACACGGAAGAAGACGACAAGUGCUAG